AGAUCGUUUUGGGCUCAAUCUGGCAGAGCGACUGGCUGCAUCGAGAUGUUUGGACAAGACGCAUUUGUGCAUAGCUUCGCGGCCGCUGAUCUGGUGGAUGUGCAGAAUGGGGUUCUGAAGCUCCCGCCGCUGGCGGUGUGGGGGAACUUGGCGAUUUACAUCGUGGCCUGGGCCUUAUUGAUGUGGCCACAGCAUCUUCCCUUGGGUCGGCCCUGCAUCGCCAUGGUCUUUGCGGCCAUGGCUUGUGGAUUACGGGAACUUUGCCACAAGGCGUGGCCUGAGCAAGACUAUCCGACGGUGGAUAUCUUCGGCAAAAUCAACCCUACGCCCAUCGCGCUUCUCUUCGGGCUCAUGCUUGUCAAUGCCUACCUGAAGGACACUGGCAUUUGGAAGUACAUGGAAGAGCGUUUGGACACGAGUUCUCCAACAAAUAUGCUCCUGAAGCUGUGCUGCGUGUCUGCUGCCACAUCCGCGGUGCUGACGAACGACACUACAUGUCUGGUGCUGACCCCUGUGGUGCUAAACCUCUGCAGGCGCCGAGGUGCCAUCAGCACGUUGCCUUUCUUGAUGGCAGUGGCCACCAGUUCGAAUAUAGGCUCCAGCCUUACGAUCAUUGGCAACCCCCAGAACGCGCUCAUUGCAUCCAUCAGCCCGGACACGGGCUUCUUGAGUUUCAUGAAGGACAUGCUUCUCCCUGUGAUGUGGGGGCUCUCUCUGAACACUAUGGCUCUUUGGUGCUAUUUUCGAAAGUCUCUUGUGUUCGAGAACCCCGAAGUGCAGCUGGAGAUUGAUGUAGAGAUCGCGGCGCCAGAGAACCGCUGCCUACAGGCAGUCUAUGUUGUGGCUGUGGGUGGAGUGGUCUUUGCUAUGAUUGUCGGGUGGAUGCUCAAUAUGAACACAGAUGAUGUGGCCCUAGCUGCCGGCUCCACGCUGAUGCUCAUCCGUGCUGUGCGACGUCGUGCCGCUGGGCUUGCCAAGACGGGCGACACUGAGACGCAAUUUGCUCUGGGGGCCAUCGACUAUUCGAUCCUGAUCCUCUUCAUUGGCCAAUUUAUCUUGGUCGGUGCCACAGUGGAUACUGGCCUGCCGCAGAGGCUCUUCCAUGGGAUUCUGGGGCCGUGUGCUGACAACUUAGCCUCGGGGCCGCUGUGCAUGCUCUGGUUUUCAGCCGUCGUCUUGCUGCUCUCCAACGUCAUCAGCAAUGUGCCUGUGAUUCUCAUGCUCCAACCUCUGCUGGCGACGCAGCCGGCUGAAUCAGUGGCCAGCAUUUGGACGGCUUGUGCGUGGGUUGCCACUGUCUCCGGGAACCUCACCAUGCUGGGAAGUGCUGCAAAUCUUAUUGUGGCUCACACAGCUGAAAGUGAGGGAGAGACUGGUUUUGUUGCGACCAGUUACAGCAAGUUCUCAUUGGUUCCAACCCUUGUGAUCACCUGCCUCGGAGUAUUGUUCCUGCCUCCCAUUGGACCAAGCUGGGGGUGGAUACUUGGACUGGGUUUGUUGACUUUGAUGCUGCUGGCGCUGCUCCUCAAAAGCUUCGCAACUCGAUUCGGCGGUGCAGUUUGGGAGGCGUUCCGCCACGUUGCCCUCUGUGGACUUAGCCGAGAGAGCCUGGGUUUGGCGUUGCUGUCGUUUUUUGCCUCUGCUCAACUCCUUGGUCCUUACGAAGGUGCCUGGUUGACCGCCAACUCCACACGGACCUACAACCCAGGAGAGCUGGGAGCACUGAAUGCCGUGCAGCAGGUAGUAGUGGCUAUCUUACAGCCCUGCCUUGGUUGCCUAGUGGAUGCUUGCCACGGCAAGCGCCGGCUUGUUGCUUUGGGUAGCGCCUGUGCUUUGCUCAGCGCGGCAAUCGGCGUCUUUGUCCCACAGUUCUUCUGGUUGGAGAUGGCUCUGCAGGUCCCGACCGCCAUUUCCAUGACGUUGGUGCCCUUGGCUCUCAACUCUCUCACCUUGGGUGCCGAGAAUUUCACCCGGCAGGUGGCCCUGAACAAUGUUGGUCUACACUUGGGCGCCGUUCUGAGCUCCGGCGCCAUGUGCCUCCUCGCCAGCGUCAAGGAUUCCUCCGGAGGAAAAGACGUGGAGAGCCCCUGGUGGAGUGCCGUGCCCAUGGCGGCCUGCGUUCUGACGAUUGUGGCCUUACCCAUGGUGCGCAAGGUGGAGUUCCGGGCUGAUGGAGUCGAGGCCGAGUCACUUGAAUCGGAGGUGACCAGCCAGGGUCGCUCCGGACUGUGGACCCGAAAGUUCUUCAUUGUGCUGGCUCUUUGCUUCCUAUUUAACUUUUCCAACAUGGCACAGCUGCAGUUGCUGGUGCAGGAUGCCUCGCGCUUGCUGCCCGGCCAAGCAAUCAACUUCACCAGUGCGGCGCAGGUGAUUGCGCAUGUGGGGAUGCUGCUUGCCUCCGUGGUGGCAGGGCGCCUGGCGGAUUUCGGGCGCAAGCCUUUGGUUGUGACUGCUUGCCUCACAGUGACCAUCCGUGCUCUUCUGACGGCCGCAACAGAUGUUUGGUAUGUCCAGGCGGGCGGCUCCCCGUGGCUGUCAUUGUUGCCCUGCGAGACCCUGGAUGGCGUGUGUGCCGGACUUUGGCUCAUGCUGAUGGUGCUGAUGGCGAAGGAUGUCUCGGAGAACACUGGCUGCUUCAGCUUGGCUUUGGGCUGCCUGCAGGCCUAUGAGGGGCUCUUCGGGGGUCGCUGACAACCAUGUGGAACAUGUUGUUGGUGUUUCUCACCGCCGCAUUCUGCUUUCUGAAGGCUGCUUUCAGUGUGGGCGCAAUCUUUAGCUCAGAGCUGGCCGGCAUCUUGGCAAGCCGCCUGGGCUUUGCCGCCGCCUUCUUGUCCUUGGCAGUGGUGGGCAUGCUGUCCUUCAUUCUGGCGCUGCUCAUGCCUGAAACCCAAGCGCUUCAGGUUGAAGAGAUAGACCUUCAAGUUGAGGUUCAAGAGGGAAGUUCUGAAAGGUCGACCCAAGUCCUUGAAGAGAUUCAGUCGAGCCGUUGCGAGCGCUUGAUGACAUUCUCCCAGAGCUGCCGCAGCUGGAUCGCUUGAUGGCUCAAUAGAAGGCCUGAGAGAAUUAGGCAGCUCAGUGUGGAAUUAGCUAGCUAUAGACAGCUUUUGCAAGCUUGUAAAGUCAUUCUUCAUGUGAUUUGUCUGAUGCAGUGCUCGAGGGCAACAUGCAAAGUGCUUGCCGGUGCAUAGUCAUUUUUUUAUUUUAUUUUGUGUGAUUUGUCUUGAUGCAGCGCUUGAGGGCAACAUGCAAAGUGCUUGCCGGCGAAUCUUGCGCGCUGAAGACCCAGCAAUUCAACUUCAUAGUCUGAUGUACAGUGCAAUGACCCAGACUGAAGCGGGCAAAGCACGUACUGCAAUCAUCUGAAACCAUUAUACAGUUUCGACAGAUGCGUCCC